UGGCGCCUGCGCGCUAAAGACAAACCAGGUUAUUUCAACAAGCGGCCAAAAAACGUUGACGAUCCCCUCCUUGCCUAAAACGAGAACAGGCGCUCUAAUACGCUUACGUUGUCACCCUGCCCACAAAAGGGCAAACUCUUCGUUUCCUUGGCUACGCAAGCGCCUAGAGCUUUCGCCCACUCAGCCCCCGCUAACGUAUAGGAAGAGCGCCGCAUUAUGGCGACCGGGCGGGGGCUGAGUGGGCGAAAGCUCUAGGCGCUUGCGUAGUCCAGGAAACGAAGCGUUUGCCCUUUUGUGGGCAGGGAGAGAACGAGCUAUUGCGCAGGUGCAAUGAAGAAGGGCGGGGGCUGGGCGGCUCGUCAUCUUUGAGGCGGCCAGUUCGAAUGCAGAGCUCGGUGAGCGGAGGUGCGGGCCUGGAUGCUGGACUUCCCUCUCUCGCUGCAUCCCUGCGUCGUCCUUGUUUCUUUACACCGUAUUAACCCUGGAGUUUUGGUUCUUCUGCCUCCACGAUGGUAAUAGAGGGGCAGGAGGGACUGGGGAGGAGGGCAGUCCAGAGGGAGGACAAAUGCCUUAUAAACACAUAGCCACAGCCCAUGCAGCAGGACGGUAGCCCAUGACGUUGUAGCCCAUAAUAAGGGGGUUGGCCUGUAAAGUGCCACAGGACUCUCUUGUGUUUGCUGCAGCAGACUGACGAGGCUAUUACACUCCCCUCAAACCCCGGGAAACAUUAUUUUUAACACAAUGCAAGAUAUAGUAAAGGUAUAGUUAAUGCAAGUUAUAGUUAAAGUUAUCAGGCAGUCUUUUGAAUAUCUCAAAAAUCUUCCUUGUGGGUGGAAGAUGGUCAGGUUAAAAAAAAGGGCAAGCCUGUUAUGUAUUUAUUUGUUUAGAAUGCUUGGAUUCUCCUUUUUUCAGCCGAAAGAGACACUUAAAGUGGUGUACCAAAACAACAACAAACCCCCAAACCCCACUCAGACUUGUGCUGGAACAAAAACUGCAUGUAGCUAGAAUAAUUCAGGUAGUAUAAGUUCACGUAGUAUAGAAUAUUUUUUUUUAAGUUAUUAUUUCUCCCCCUCACCCAACAGGCCUGUGGUCUACAGAAGCUAUUUGCUGUGGAGGCAGACUUUGAAGAUGAGGUAAGAGAAUAUUUGUGAAUCUGGGUGUGGUGGAGAGGGCAAAGGUUUCUACUUAUUGGCUGAAGUGUACUUUGGACGACUUCAGGUGGACAUGUGACUUUGGAUGGAAGAACUCUGUUGGCCAAAUGGCAAACAAAAGAUACCCUUAAGCCCUCAUGGGCUCUCAGGCUCACAAUGUUCAUGUAGUACAAAGCUGAGGGAUGGCACCUCAUGACAAGCAUUCUGUUUCUCUGUUCUUGGUAGGAUUUUCUGUCAGCUGUGAAUGAUGUGGAGAAGCAAGCCCUGGAUCUACCUACAGAUAGCUCAAGAUGUCUUAGACCCCUCUCAACUGGGUUGAGAGCCCCCAGCACCACCAUUCCGGUCUUUGAGGGGCCAAGGGUGACCAUGUCCCCAGUCUUGCAGGUGCAAAACUGCUCCAGGCUAAGGUUUGGAGAAGGUAAUGUCAAAAGCAACCAGAAGACUCCUCUGGCGACCAGCUUCACAGUUCAGAAGGACCUGGCACCCACUGCAACUGAAUGUAAAUCGAGCGGCACUUCAGACACAAGGUUCAGGUUUGUGAAGCAGCCUCCAGCUAAGCUCCCCACUGGGGGUGUCCCCUGCAAUGAGGAAAUUGACAACGAGCUUGUAUUGGCUGCGUGCAUGGAUCUGGAAGAGUCUGAUACACAGUCGUAUCCGGGGUCCUUCAGGUCCAACUAUAUGUCCUGGGAGCAAAUGCGAGAUAAUAGUGUAGCAACAGCGAAGAAACCACGAGUGGUUGAUUCGUUGGCAUUGACUGACUCUUUUGGGUCAGAGACCUCAAAGUUGGAAAAGACUUGGAAACAACCUGUGGUAGAGGUCAUCAGCCAUCUCCAGCCGGCAGAGACUUCUCCAAAGUUGCCUUUGAGGCCUCCUGCCGUGGACGCUUCCUUGUCUCAGUCUCACCUAGGGUUAAGUAGCAGCACAUGUGCCCUUUCAAACUCCAGCUGCCAGGUGCUCAGGCCUUUCCAGGCAUCUCUGCAAAAACCCACUGCCGCAUCCAACAGCCCAUGCUUGCCUCUGGUUAGACCCUGCUCUUCUUUUCAGUCAGCAAGUACCCCAACAAGGCCGCACAAACCAUGGAUGCCCAAUCAGAGCUGCUCUGUGUCCAGAACAGCCAAUUCUGGUGCUCAGCUGCUUUCUGCAUAUGGUCCCCCAGCAACCUCUAUGGAGACUUCACCUGCCAACCCUAAAGUUCCCGGAAACCUCCAGUCACCUGUGGUCACCAAUCACCUUGUCCGUUUGGUCACAGCAGCCAACAAGAUGCCAGAGCCAGUUACCCAAGUUCCUUUGCGGGCUAAGACGCGGCGCUUCCCGGGACCUGCUGGCAUUCUGCCACAUCAAGUAAGAGGACCAGCAUGAUAAUAGGGCAAUCUUUAUGUUGGGCAUGGGGAGUGUAUGGCUGUCCAGCUAGUAACUACAGCUACCUUUGGCUCUAACCAUUGGCCAUGUUGCCUGGGGCUGAGGGGAGGUGCAGUUCAGCAGCAUCUGGAGAGUCACAGGUUAGCCACCCCUGCUGUAUGUACAAAGGAGUGAGGAUGCUUUGGAAGUAUCGUACUUUUCCAUGUAGAAGACUAGGUGUUUUACUCUAAAAUAGUGUUUAAACCACAGAGCCUAGGGCUUGCCGAUCAGAAGGUCGGCUGUUCGAAUCCCCGCGACGGGGUGAGCUCCUGUUGCUCGGUCCCUGUUCCUGCCAACCUAGCAGUUCGAAAGCACGUCAAAGUGCAAGUAGAUAAAUAGGUACCGCUCCAGCAGGAAGGUAAACGGCGUUUCUGUGCGCUGCUCUGGUUCACCAGAAGAGGCUUAGUCAUGCUGGCCACAUGACCCAGAAGCUGUACGACGGCUCCCUCGGCCAGUAAAGCGAUUUGAGCGUCGCAACCCCAGAGUCGUCCGUGACUGGACCUAACGGCUAGGGGUCCCUUUAUCUUAAUGUUUAAAAACAGGGGUCGUCUUAUACACAGGGGUCAUCUUCCCCCAUUUUCAUAAAUUUGAGUCCCCCAAAAUAGGGGACAUGUUAUACACGGGGGAGUGUUAUACACAGAAAAAUACGGUAUAUGUGUGUUGUGAAAUAUUAUUACCUUUUUUCCUCCACUCCAUCCACAGUUGCUAUGUCACAAAAGGGGCAUAAAAGCUGCCAUCCUCCCUAAGUUUUCUCUGCUCCAAAAUGGCUGCUAUAUGGUUAUCCUAGUGAUGGGGAUUACUAAUUAUCUCCCUAUAUGGAUUCACUGAAUGCUUCUUGGGGUGCCUGCAGAUGAAAUAACUUUUUUUGCUCUGCUGAUACAAAUGCUCUGUGGUGGCUUAGAAAAACAAUGCUAAUGAAAUCAAUAAUAUAGAAAAAGGAUAAAAUAUUAAAUUGAAACCUCAGUUAAAUAUUUUUGCUGAAAUAUUCCGCAUCCAAAAAUCACUAAAAAGUGACCUCUGACUGGGACUGAAGGGAAAUUGAAUAUAGAAAGAAAACUUGUACAUUCUAUCCUGAUUUGGGACAUAGCUUUGACUCAGGGAGGACAGGAAGUCAAGCUAAUAAUUUUAGUCUGUGCCAAUGGUUUCUACAGUAUAAGUAAUAAUAAUAAAUAAUAAUUCAUUAUUUAUACCCAGCCCAUCUGGCUGGGUUUCCCCAGCCACUAUGGGCAGCUCCCAACAGAAUAUUAAAAACAUGAUAAAAUAUCAAACAUUAAAAACUUCCCUAAACAGGACUGCCUUCAGAUGUCUCCUAAAAGUCAGAUAGUUGUUUAUUUCCUUGACAUCUGAUGGGAGGGCGUUCCACAGGGUGGGCACCACUACCGAGAAAGCCCUCUGCCUGGUUCCACGUAACCUCACUUCUCGCAGUGAGGGAACCGCCAGAAGGCCCUCAGUGCUGGACCUCAGUGUCCGGGUAGAACGAUGGGGGUGGAGACGCUCCUUCAGGUAUACUGGGCCGAGGCCGUUUAGGGCUUCAAAGUGUUAAGGUAGGGUUGUGUAACUGCCUUGGGAGCACAGAAUUGGGCCCAGACUACCACAUUCAGCACGCUGAGAAUCUCAGCUUUCAUUUUUUAAAUGCGGCUGGGUGGGAGGGAGGGAUCUACCUACCUUUGGAUAUCUUACUUUAAAGUGAGUCCAUAACUCUGGCAAGAAUUUGUGUUCAUUAGAUUUUCUUCCUUUCCUUGUUCCCUAAAAAAGCCUGAUGGAAAAAACUUAGAAGAGAUUCUCAUUACAGCUCCACAGACACCAACUCAUGGGGCUCUAGCAAAGCUGCGGACGGAGGUAAUUCAUGGUUCUACUCUUCCCUUUCUUAAUAGAAGAAGUCAUGCUGCAGAUGGGGACUGGAAAUUCUGCAUUGCCUCUGAGAACCCAGCUGUGAUGCUAAGCGCACGAUUACAAACCCUGUUGGGUGUCUUUUCAUUUAAUGGGAUAUGAAUUUCAUUGGAACCAAACUUCAUGGGAAUGGGAGAUUUAGCCCCUGCCUUUCGCAGUCCUGAUGCCAAUAAAGAGUUCCUUACCGUGUAACUACUGUAUUAAUGGUGAUGGUCGUUCCCAUUGGUGCCACAGGGCAUUGCUAGCCAAGCUGGGGGCGGGUAACUUUUAUCAGGCUCAAGCGCAGGAAGGGAAUAGUUAAACCUCACCCCUCCAAACACUGUAGUCCUAGUAAAAAUUGGUGCCCUGUACUGGCUAUUAAUUUUUUUAAAACCCAACUCUGAAGCAGCUGUGCAGAAUGACCUUUACAGGAGAAAACUGCAAGUUUCCAUCCCUUCUUUGUAUUUCAAAAAAGAAAAACUAACUCAUCCAUGGAAAAUCUUGAAAUCUUUAGUCUAGUACUUCCAAGCGUCACUUGGUUAUUCUCAUUGUACUGAUAAGGUCAAUAUUAACGAUGAUGAAUUGCAGAAACUCACCUCAUGAGCCAGAGCAGUCCUGGAAACAACAUUUAACAAGCCCUGUCAGGGAGGGGUUCAGGUAGUUUUAAAAGAUGCCUCUGGGCAUGUACUGAGUAACCCAAACCAGCCCUUGCAUGUCUUGGACUACAGCAAGUUUUUCAUACGUCUGGUCGUGGAGACACUUUCUCGUUCUGCUUCAAUAGAGAUGUUUCUUCUAACUAUUCUUUUAUAUGUUUUAAUGUGUGUGAGAGAGGGUGAGGUGGCGAGGAGGAGAUUCUGGAGUGAGCAGAGGAAGGAGCAUAAGCAAUAUGACCUGCACCCAGUAGAGCAAAACAGCUCCCAUGGAUAAUGUUGUCUCCAAAUGACUAAGUGCUUUUCCCAAAGGUAAGGUGAAAAGUAAGCUUUAACCUGGAAUUGUGUGUGCGACUCUAGGAGAUGCCUCCUUCCCAGCAGCCAAUAGAAGACGAAUUUGGAAGAGGCCCUUGGGCUGCCAUGAAAACGGAGCUGGGAUUGGACGAGAGAGAUCCAUCCUGCUUCCUUAGGACAUACAGCGUUGUUAUGGUGCUUCGUAAGGUAAAGUUUGGUUUUGCAGGUGGGAAAAUUCCACGUCACUUGAAGAAGAAUCUCUUCUUGAAGUGCAAACGCCAAAGAUGAUAAAAUGGUUGGGCCUGGAAGCAAGGAUGUAUUGCAAUAUUACUGGAGCCAUGGAUAACCUUAUCAGUAAUCUGGAUGGGAUAUAUACUGUUAUCCAUCUGCAAGGGUACAGUAUACAUAUAAAUAUUUAAAUACAUAUAAACAUAUUUUCAAAAGAACAUACAGAAGUUCCUCCAUAACACCUUGGAAGUGUUGGUGACUAGUAUUCACUCUAAAUUCAGCUCAGGGAAGGCCAACAUCUGCUCCACACAGCUGGGAAUAACUGUCCACACCUCUGGUAGGACCGCUUGCACCAGGUUUGCAUGCACUGGUGAACAAAGGUGGGGUGGGGCAAUCCGCCCCGGGUGCCAUCGGGGGGGGGGGUGCCAUUGUGGCUAUCCCCAGGACGCUCACUGCACACGCCCUGGGACAUACACUGCUUGCCGCGCACACACCCCCGACACGCACUAGACCCCCGGAGCAGGCCUAGCCUGGUAAGAAGGUAAACAUGGUGGGUUGCUAGGCAACUCCCACAUGCCUCUCCCUCCUGCCUCUUUUCCUGCUGCGCAUCAAGCGAUAAAUGAGGUGUGGGCGGUUGCUUGACGUUCAGCUGUCGUCCUCUCCACCAACCUCGAGCCAUCAGGAAGCGAGCUACGAGGCCUCUUUGGCCAGCUGUCCUUUCGCUGUGUGUCACCAUACAACAAAGGGCAGGAAGAAAGAUAUAUUAGAAGGCCUCUUCCAUAUCCUUUGCUGCUCUGGCGAUCAGGCAUCUUUUCUCAAAUCUCAAAAGUUAAUACAAUCCUGUCUCAGAUUUGCCACCCUGACUUCCCACAAAUAGUGCGUUUCCCUUGCUCGUUCACUUUCAUGCAGGCAGCCCUGAAGCAGCUCCCAAAGAACAAGGUUCCUAACAUGGCCGUGAUGAUUAAGUCGGUAAUGCAGACCAACGUUGACGCGGGCGCCGUGUUCAAAGACCCUACUGGUAAGGAUGAAAAGAGUUCAGUGUCGUGACUUACUUCUUCUGCAUGCAUUAUUGGUGGGGCGUUUCUGCUUUGCCUGUGGUGUCUGGGCAAACCUUGUUUGUUAAUGGCCACCGUCUGACUCAUUUCUGGGUGUUUGAAUUGACUCCGACUAAAUAUGGUACAGUCCUUUAGGCACAUUGUGCUACUGGGAAUUGUUGCACGGGCUUCCACUAGCCUAACAAUGGAGCUUGUAUAUAGCCCUGAGCAAAUCUGUGUGUUUUGCUGACCCCUUGUGUUGAUGGUGAAGGAUGGAGAGGGAGAGUGCUGUCUUUUCAUUAGAUUGAGGGAAAGGGACUGGAUAGUUGUGAUAUGGGGUUUUCCAAAAAAAAAAAAAAAACUUCUUUGGAGCCAGCAAAGAAUUGGACAAAUGUUUCAAAUUCUUAAGUAAAAUGUUUUAGGUGCCUAAACAAAAUUUGUGAAUAGGUAUUGGGAGGGAGUAUUGCCUAGACAGGCUGGCUUCUCAAGCCAGAAGUGAAGCAAGAAAAAAGGCAAUGGCUGGAGGGAGUUAGUUUUCAAUGGACUGCUCAAAUAUUAAUUAAGCUUUUUUCCCUUUGCUAUUGGAAAUACGUAUGUAAAACAUAUUUGCAUGGACAAUAACAAAAAAAGAAGACUGGGUAAAAAGCAACUUGCACCGAACAAAAACACAAACAAAACAAAAAAAUACAAACACAAUUUAAUCCUUGGCAUUUCCAGUUACAAUUUAUAUUGGCAGUAGUCUUUUUGUUCAUUUUUCAGCUUUGACUCCCAGUGGUACCCUCUGGCUCUCCAGAUGUUGCUGAACUCCCACUCCCAUCAUCCCUAACCAUUGGCCAUGCCGGCUGGGGCUGAUGGGAGAUGUAGUUCAGCAACAUCUGGAGGGACAAAGGUUCCUCACCCGAUUUAAAUCCAACAUCUGCCAGGGAACAAGCAGUCCAGCAAAUAUUGAGGCAAUUUCUCAGUUGAGCUAGUCCCACAAAUGUACAUGGAGGUUCCAGACUGACAUUUUGGCACCGUUUUUUUGUGGGCAUAGUUUGAAACCUUGGUGCUCUAUGCUACCAGGUAAUACUAACAGGGCAUUAAAAAAAAAAGUAGGCCAUUUGGGAUGGUUUGCUUCUUAACUUUCAUGCAUAAACAUUCACUGCAAGCCUCUCCAGUAUAGUUUGUUUUAGUUGCCACUCCCUACACAGCCACAUUCUUGACUUUCUAGGAUAUGUUUUCAUUUGACCAUCACAAGGAAUAAACAGGCAACACUGAAGUUGUCCUCAGAAGUCCUAAGCCUAGGUGGGGCUGAUAUGUGCAUUUGCCUGGGACCAAUUGUUCUUUGCUCCAGGUCACUGGCAAAUUAUGUGGCUGGUGUUGAGUGCUUGGGACCCUUCCUUCGCUGGGCUCUCCCUCCCAUCUCUGUGUUCCUGUAUAAAGGGCAGUGAGAGCUAUUGGUGUGUGACGCUCAUGUGUUUCCUCUUUGACUUCACUGUAUAUUUAGUGCUCCUGUACCUGAUUGGUUUGGCCUUCUGUCAUGCAGGAGAAAUGCAGGGCACAAUACAUCGCCUGUUGCUGGAGGAGAAACAAAGUGAAUUUAAGGCUGGUUCAGUGCUUCUGCUAAAGCAGGUACUAGAAAACAAGAAAUCAAGGGCUGGGUGAGCUUUCAUUUCCAUGCAAAAAAAUUAUAGCGAAUAACUGGUAUUUAAGACCACCUGCUACUGGGGAUCCAGAGACAUUUUUGAGUGAUGGUUCUGCUUGUUUGUGCCCCUGCUGGUGCAGUUAUCACCUCCAGAUUAACACAAAAACAAGUUACCCCUUCUAGCUUUGUGUCAAAUAGAUGCAACCAAUGUCAGUUGAAAGCAGAACUGACAAGUCAGGAACCAUCUACCAAAGAUUGUCCAUUGGAUGGUGGAAUGUUCCUCCUUCUACUCCCAGAGAGCUUUCUUUACUAUUAUCUGGGUGCUCUAAAUGAGGUCCAUGAGAAUAUGUAGAAAGGUGUCUUAGAAUUCUUUGCUCUAGAGACUCACUUAGUCCAUCUUACUUCUGGAGAUUGUAUGCGUCACUUUUAUUCAAACCUCUUGCAUUCAGAUGAGCUGGUCCAGGACACCAAUUAAAUAGUAUUAUCUCCCUCCUUGUUUUUAGAAGUUGGGUUGUAUAUUUCAUUCUUUGGUUGUGAACUACCCCUUCCCAGCGAUGAAACAUCUGCCCCUCUAUUGUUGUAUUUAUUUUAAUUUUUUAAUUUUUUAAAGUAUAGUCAAUUGUGCCGUGUACCAUAGGCAGUAUUGAUACCUACCUUGGGUUUCACAGGUGGGUGUGUUCUCCCCAUCCUAUCGCAACCACUACCUCAAUGUGACACCCAGUAAUUUGGUGAAGAUAUAUCCUCCGGGAUUCAGCAAUGAGAAGACCCCUCAGUUAUGCCAAGAGAUUGAGGGAGGGAUGCAGAUGGAGCCAACACAGGUAAGGAGCAGGCUCUCCUUGGCACAACUGCUAGGAUAUAGGAGAGGCUGUGUGUACUCUGGAUACUUUUUAAAAAAAGUGUAUGGAGGCACUUGUUCUUAAUUACUGGGAUGCUGUAUUUCAUUAAGAUUGGCAGCCAUAUGCGAUGUAUUAACUGUUAAAAUGUGGGGGCAGGGUGGGGUGGGACUGGCCCUGCAUAGGUACUUUCCUCUUCCCACACUUAGCAAAUUCUGCAUCCUAAUUUAACUUGGAAAAAUUGCCUAAAUUCCUAUUUUCUUUAGUUUACAUAGGUGAGUUUUGAAGUGUAUCUUGAUGCAGUAUUUCCACUGCUCUAGUGCCGAUUUCUUUCUCUCUCUCUCUCUCUCUCUUUUAAAACUUUGUCAGCAAAUUCUGUAAAAUGGGAAUAGCAGCCGCUAAGGUAAAAUGCAUGAGGAAAUGCUUGAAUGUUAACAAAACGUUCAAGGUGAAAGGGGGGGGAGCAACAAGAGAGCUCCCUCUUCUCAAACACCCCGUGCUCAGGUCUGUCCAAAGUCAGGAUGGAUAUGGAGAAUGAGGAAGCAGCCAUUGCUGCCUUGGUUAAUUCCUAUGCAGCUAAGGGCCUGCUCCGUGAGAGGAAAUUGGAGGACACUGAGAAACCAGUCUUCUAUCAGGUCAGACCACUAGUAAUGUAGAUCAGACUUAACUACUCUACAGUGACAGGAACUGGCUCCCCAGGGUUGCAGAGACAAAUCUUGCCCUGCCUGAAGAUCCCGGGGAUUGGACCUGAAGCCCUUUUUUUACAUUUAAAGUAUAUGCACUGCCACUGAGUUACACCACUCAAGGGAAUUGGCUUGAGUGAGUGAGAUAGACAAGGGAUUCCACUACACCCAUCAGUAGAUGAUUGAUCUGUUCCAGUUGUAAUCACUGUUCAUAGAAUCAUAGAGUUGGAAGAGACCCCAAGGGUUAGCUAGUCGCACCCCUGCAGUGCAUACUUCUACGCCAGUGUGGUGUAGUGGUUAAGAGCGGUAGUCUCGUAAUCUGGGGAACCAGGUUCACGUCUCCGCUCCUCCACAUGCAGCUGCUGGGUGACCUUGGGCCAGUCACACUUCUCUGAAGUCUCUCAGCCCCACUCACCUCACAGAGUGUUUGUUGUGGGGGAGGAAGGGAAAGGAGAAUGUUAGCCGCUUUGAGACUCCUGAAGGGGAGUGAAAGGUGGGAUAUCAAAUCCAAACUCCUCUUCUUCUCAUUCUCUUCCCAAAUCACAUCUCCCUUCUGAAGUUUAGGCCGUGUGCGAUCACUUGGAGAAGUCAUACUACUUCACUAGUAGAGCACAUGAUCUUUUACUGAGAAUAUCUCUGGCUGAGCCUCUGCCUAUACUAGCAUCUCAAGUACCAAACUCCAUGCUAGAUCUCACCUGCUUCAGACCUCGGAAAGCUUUAACUCAGGUGUGGGCAACCUUUGGCCCUCCAGACGUUGCUGAUCUGCAACUCCCAUCAUUCCUGUCCAUUGGCUUUGCUUGCAAAGGCUGUUGAGAAUUGUAGUUCAGCAACAUCCCAGAGUCCAAAGGUUCCCUACACCUGUUUUAACUGAGCUGUGCAGACCAGGGUUGGGGUGGUCCUUGAGAUGAUGUUGGACUCCCAACUCUUACAGGGCUGUGCUAGAUUUGUUGGUGUCCUGAUAACAAGGAAGCUCCAUUUAUCCUUUCCUGUAAUUGAUAUUGGGAGCCAGUUAUGCUAUGGGACCGUGGCUUGGUGAUAAAAGUAUGAAGGAUGCUAAACUCAAACAUUCUCUGUGGCCUCUUGGAACCUUGCAAGUGCAGGCUGCGCCGGAAUUCCAGCAGGAUCCUCCCACCAACGCCCCCGUUGCCAUGACUACAACAGACAACAGGAACAAAGGAGGACAUAAGAUGGAUGAGGACCGCUAUCAGCGCGUAUCGGCAUUAGAUAAAGGGUCAUCAUUGACAUCAAUUCCAGGGGUCUCUGGAGCAGGCAAAUCAGUUUUGCACCUUCCAUCCCCAAAGGCUGAAACAACUGAUUUGGGUAAAUAGAACUCUUAAGUAGCAAUGGACUGAUAAUGCCUUUCUGUCUCUCUUUUCCCACUGCCUCCUCCAGAACAAGGAAAAUAGGAAGUGUGGACUGCAUCAGGGAUGGGGAACCUGUGGCUCUCCAUUUGUUGUUGGGUUCCCUUCAGUUCUAGCCAGCAUGGCCAAUGAUCAGGAAAGAUAACCAGCAAGAUGGACUACAGAAAAGUCCUACUGAGCCAGAUGCAGCUUACAGGACUACAUGUUGCCAACCUCCCCGCUGCUCCCCAAGCACUUAAUGACUUUCGGAUCAGCAGAUGGCAUGCAGAGCCCUGUGUGUGACCAUUCAGUGGCCACACAUAGAGCACUGCAUCCCACCCGCUGAUUUGAGAGUGUGCAGCAAAAGCGGAUAUGUUGUUCAAGGAUAGAAUAAGGUACUUGGCAUCCCGGGGACUGAAAAUACCUUUUGAAAAACGGGCAAGCUAGCCCUCCUUGCCCGGGGAGAACUUUGAUAAACAGCAUCUGGCAACAGCUUAGAAAGCAGAGAGAGAUUGACCAGGGUUUUUUGUGCUGCCAAGGGGUGAAGCUGCAUGCCUCUGUGCUGCUCCUUUGCCCUUCCUCAUGACUACUGCUGUCUACCUGCAUUCCUGCCCACUCACCCCGGUUCCUUCCCAGAAAAUUCCAAAUACUUUGGAAAACCUGAAACAUAGAAGCAGGUCAAAUGUAUGAAACACAGAUGCAAAGUAGAAAAUGUUUGGCCGUGGAAAGAGGCGCUUCCUAAGAUAUUCACAGCUGAGUAGGAACAUAAGCAUGUUGGGCCUCGGCUAAAACAAUGGUGCUACUGGACUAUAUUUGCUUAGAAUGCAGGUUGGCAGAGAUACUGCAUAGAUGGGGCCAUGUCAUCUGAACCAGUGAUAAUUCUACCCACCCUGGUACUGUUUGCCUUAUAUAUAUAACAACAAUAAUUGAGCCCCACCCCACCCAAAAAAAGUGGGGAUGGUGCAGAGAUUAUCAGAAUAUGAAUUCUUCACUGGUUGUGAAAUGUUGUGUUUGCACUAUGUGUCUGAAGCAUAGACUGGACUAAGCCCUGACCAGAGCCUUGCUCACUGAGUCUAAAUGAGUCUGCAAUAUUUUCUUUCCUCUCCCUUUAUUCCCAGGGGCACAGCUUUCCCAUGGGCUGAAGAGAAUGGGGCAGCCCCUGAUCUUUGGAGAAUCUCAUGUGCAAAUAGGAACCCGUGCAUGGGGUGCUGGGGUGAUUUAGUUCCUGUUCUGCAGCCUGAAUAACUUUUCAUGCUUCCUAUGCAGAUGACCUGGACCAGCUUCUUGGAGAACUACCUGAUGACUUUUUCUCCAACUUUGAUGCCCAAAGCAAUCUAUGAUUGCUCACUGAUGCUCAAGUAAGGGGACCUGCUGUCAUAGAACCAUGGCUAUUGUCCUGAGCCCUGCAGAGAUUUUUUUGCCCAGUGAGUCUGACUCCCUUGCACAUAUCUUUGAGAUUUUUGCCUUCAGCAUCUUUAUCAACAUUGGUUGCGAUUGGAGGAAAGAAGCUCCUUCAUAAGACAGAUAACAAAUCUGAUGGAAUUGGACAGAAACGGGAGCCCCAGCAGGAAUAGCAUUGGACAUUAAGCUCCUGCUACUAAUUUUACUGCAGCCUGCCAUUUGUUCAAAGGCACAGCCUUCCAAGCAACAAGGUAUCUGGCAGUGCACACCUAGCAUCACACCUUAUUCCAGACCUACUUCUGCCUGCACGGCGCUUUGCCUGGAUGUUUAAACCAGCCAGAACGGUCGUUUAACACGUUACGCAGCUGUCGUUCCCUUCCGAUUUGAAACAAUAUCUCUCCUGAUGCCUGCUUCGGUACUCUGUCACAAACCAUGUCAGAGGCAAUAUGCAAAUAAUAAUCUUAUGUGGAUGGAAGCAGUUAGCAAAAUGUGUGAAGUUGACUUUUGCUGAUAGAACCUUGCAAAAAAGAUGUUUGUGAAAGGAAGGUCUUGAGCGUGUUGUAUCUUUUUAUUUAAUCCUUACCUUUUAUUCCUUUGCGAUUGACAUUUUGAUUGUGGGUUUUAAAGGGAGUGUGUGCAUAAUAUGUUUUAUACAUAUUAACUUAGAGAUCUGGCUCCAGAAAGGCAAGUAACCUUCUCUUCCAGGUAGCUCAUGCCAAUUUGAACUCUGGAUGUCGUAGCAGCAAUUCCUAGUACUGAGGCACUUAUAUGCGCACUGGUUACUUCACACAAGCAGGGAUGGGGAGUCUGUGAUCCUCCAGUUGUUGGACUCCACUUCCCAUCAGCCCCAGCCCCCUUGGCAAAUGGUCAUUGAUUGGCUAAUGGAUGGAAGCUCUUGGACUGGAGGACCACAAGCCUCCCAUCCCCGCUACCUCUCAAUUUUCAGAGUUGGCGCCGUAUACCCAUUGCCUGAUUGCACUUCUCUACAUAUUGAAGUGAGGAGCAUCCCCUGUUCAUAUAGAGCUUCCUGGAUACAUACAAUCACCUCCAUAUACUACAUGGAUAAUGUGGGUCUGAGAUAUUGAAGCUGGAUAAACCCAGCUUUUCUUGUUUGUCUCCUUGGGAAAUUUAGAGCAAAACAGAAUGCUGGCAAUAAAGAACCAGAAACAGCAAAAAUGGAAUGCCCUUUUCUUCCCAUAAAGUGCUGCAGUCAAUGUUGUGGUAAUUUGACCAGUUGCGUCAAUGUAUGUGAUCAAAUUUCAUAAAUUUAUUCAAAUGACAAAAACUGGUGUGUUGGAACUGGUUGUCCACAUGAACUUUUCAGAGAUGGUCUCAUAAGUGUAUAAUAAGAAAUGUGUGUCAUUGCUGCCGUCAUCCCCUGCAAGAUUAGGUUUUUAACUACGCUUAUAGAACUAUAAUACCGUGGCAUGCAGAGAACAACUCACUGUCAGAUUGGUCGGAGGGAAAAAAUACAGCCCCUGGAGUCUUUUUUCAAACAGAUAUUUCAGUUAAUCACAAAUAAAAAGAGGAAAACCUCUGUGCAUAAAAUAACAAGUACAGAUCAGGAAAUGAUACAAUGGAAGAAGAAAAAAUGUACACUAACUACUGUUUGUGCACAAGCUUCAAGAAAAGCUGACCGAAUGUCACCCUAUUUAUUUUUAUUUAAAACACUUAAGAUACUGCUAAUGAUUGUGAAUAUCAAAAGUGGUGUACAAAAGAUAAAAAUGGUGCCAUGAAUAAUAAACGUAAAAGAAUACAGCAAAGUGGUUUCUAACUGCUACAUCGAAGGCUUUGGUAAACAGGAACAUCUUUAGCAAAUGCCAGAAAGAAAGCAGGCGGCAACCAUCUCCGACUCUUGGCAAGUUUCCUGGGGACAGGAUAUUGUCCUCUUUGUGCUCAUGUUGGUACCCAGCCAACUCAAAUUGGGAUAAGGUUUGCAAAUCGUUAGACCAGUGUUAUGGGGCGAGUUCUAGCAUUCAAAUGCCAUAUGCUCAGCUGCCCGUUAUACACA